CUUCGAGACCUUGACCUCAUCGGGGCUUCAUUGCGCGACUAUAUCGUAUCAAUGACGCGACAGUCCUGAAUUAUACCCAAGAUCUCACCAGCACGCUUUCCGAGCAUAACCAGGCCCCGCGAAUUUUGGCCGCAUCGAUUCCUUCUUCGACAGCCUUGGCGCAUCAACGUAGAACGCAAGCACAACCAUGGUGUCGUCUCGCAAAAGGACACUGCAGGAGGCUGAUAAUGGCUUGAAAGAAGAAGACUCUCCGCUCCUUCGCCUACGGAAUCAAUGGCAAUUCGCAAACCUAUGCCAGUGGAUCUAUCUCUUCGGCAAAGUGGUCAAGAUUGAUGACAGCCUAGAUACAGAGGAUAUUGAGACCGAAUGCCUGAAGCCGAAUGCCCCUGUUCUCCAGGAUAUCGGUCUCGCCUUACUCAAGUUCGUUUCGUCGCAUCGUGGCCUCACACACGAGCUCUUUGACGAGUACACACGAAGACAAUACUUGGCAAGGACACCUGAAAAGAACCCCUUUGGCACAGGAGAAACCGCAGCCAAGUUCACAGACUUCGAUAUCUUGACCAAGGUACGAAUUCUUCAACAAAUGACACAAUGGGUCAUGGCUCGCCCCGAGCGAGUCAGGGAGAAGAUGGAAGAACAAAAGGACAUUGAUCAGACCAGCUGGCGGAUUGAGCCCAUCGGCUGGGAUAAAGACGAUCGGACGUAUUUUGUUCUCGAUGACAACAGAGUCUAUCGAAUGACUGAACCGCCAAACCCACCUACUCCCAAGAAGAAGGCCAAAGCUGCGAAAUACGGAUCCCGCUCAAACAAGAGACGACGCCUCUCUGCACCAAAUGAUACAGACCAUGCAGACCAGUCUGUGAACGAACCGACCGAUACUUCUGGGGACACGACCGAGGACACUGGCCUAGGCAGCAUGAAAUGGGAAUGCCUCGCUGUUAGCUUGGAAGAUGUACAAGGGAUCAUUGCGUCUUUCCACAAAACCAAGGACGACAACGAGAAGAUCUUGCGAGACCAAUUGCAAGAGCAUUUACUUCCUAUCCUAGAGAAGCAGGAGGAGUCGAGGAAGCGCAAGGAGCAGCAGCGGGAGAGAGAACUGUUGAAUCUGGCUAAGAUGGCAAACGCGAAGCGUUCUAGCCGUAUCGCGAAUAAGGCAGAGCAGCAGAAGCAAGAAGAGAAGGCCCAGGAGGAAGCCAAGGUCAUGCAAGUCCAACGGGCCGCAGCAAAGAAACAAGAGCAGCAGCAGCUCAAGAUUGAAAAAGAGCGGGACCUCAGACUGAUAUCCCGAGAAAACCGGCUGAAGGAACGGGAGGCUCGCCGCUUACAACAUGAACGCGAACUCUCUCAACUCUCCGAAGACAACCGCAAUGGCUCGGGUCGCAUCUCGGAGCGACGGCUGCAAGCCGAGAUAGAGAAGAACAUGCGAGCACUGGAGGAGCUUGAAGACGAGGAGGAAGACUGGAUCUUCGAUUGCAUCUGCGGUGUCUACGGUCAGGUUGACGACGGCACACAUAGCGUGGCGUGCGAGAAGUGCAACAUUUGGCAGCACAGCAAGUGCCUCGGCAUUAGCGAGACCGAAGCUGAGAAGCCUGAGUUUCAUUUCGUCUGUCAAUCAUGCAAGCGGCGUGAGGAAGAAGCUGCGGCAAAACCAAAGACGACCAUCAAGCUCAAGAUCAACCGCCCAGCUGACGUAGCGUCCUCGCCUGCGAAGCAGCCGUCAAAGGAGAGCAACCACCUGUCGAGCCCGACAGGCCAUGACGGGUCGGUUCCAUCGAGGGGGAGACCGGUGCUCGGGCAAGAAAUUGGAGCACCAUCAGAGUCUGCGAUCACCAGCCGCCGCUCUGGAUCACCGAUCCAACCUCGAGGGACACAUGGAGCCAAAGAGACCAGCCCAGAACCAAAAACCCCCAAGGCUGAGAACGAUGAUGCUGAUGAUAGGCGAGCUCAUCGUGACGCUGCUGCUGACAAGUCCUUGACGAACGGUAACGACAAUGUGCCUGCAAGCCCACCGCGGGCUAGAACCACACCGGCACCGCGGGACGUCUCGCCCAGACACGGGAACUCCAGUCUGCUUGCCACGCCCAUCAUCAGCCGCGAGCAUGGCAUCCCGGGCUCGGCACACUCAUCAUUCACACUGCCCGCUCCUGAAGGUGGACUCUCUCCGACCAAGCAUUCUCCCCCCGCCCCCCGUCCGCAGCCCCCAAGCACCAAAACGCCUGCCCUCCCUGCCGUCCUACCGCCUGUGGCGACUCUUUCGCCGUCCCCACGUCAGCAGAUUCUGACACCCCCUAUCAAGCCUGCGGAGCCUGUUAGACGGCCACAGCCUCCAGGUGCAAGUCCAAAUGCGCUUUGAGACGAGACGGAGAGUCCGAGGCGUGCGUAAGACAGCUGAAUCGA